GGGAAGUUGGGAGUUAGCCGAGUUUGGGACUCAGGGAGUGAAAUCAGUUAUAAUAAAAAUGCAUCUUUAGCGGUAGAAAAUUUGUUUUUAAUUACUUCGAUUACGAUGUUUGGUGGUGUUUAAUAAUGGUUUUUAAUAUUCAGCCGGUACUAUGGAUAAUAAUUAAAGAUUUAAGUACUUAGUUGACAGCUAUUUUUAUAACCUAAAUUAGUCCUCUUUUAGUAAUAAAUGAUUAGGUGACGAACGUCUGGAAUUGAAUUAAUAUAAAUUAAAUGUUAUAAUAAAAAUGGUACAACUCUGUGAUGAAAAGCUUUGGUGAUAAUAACAUCAAUUCCAUUUGAUAUUAGCCUGUUCCAAGUAGAGGACUGUCGCUGCUGCUGUGAUACCAAAUCAAUUGAUAUAAUUAGUCGGUAGGAAAACCAAUCCAAAGAUGGACAGCUUCUACACUUGGUACAAGGACUUAAUUGACAACCGGAGCGAUCCCAGAGUAAAGGAUUGGGCAAUGAUGUCUUCACCAUGGCCAACGUUGGUAGCAUGUGUAUGCUACGCGGUGUGCGCGCGAAAGUUUGGCCCAACGCUGAUGGCGAACCGCAAACCCUUCGAACUUAGAAAUGUACUCGUAGUCUAUAACAUGGCGCAAACCAUUUUCAGUGCGUGGAUAUUUUAUGAGUAUUUGGCGAGUGGAUGGUGGGGUCACUACGACUUCAGGUGUCAGCUCGUCGAUUAUUCAAGGAGCCCUAAAGCUAUGAGGAUGGCGAACACAUGCUGGUGGUACUACUUCAGCAAGUUCACGGAGUUCUUCGACACGCUGUUCUUUGUGCUGCGCAAGAAGAACGAGCACGUGUCGACGCUUCACGUGAUCCACCACGGCAUCAUGCCCAUGUCCGUGUGGUUCGGGCUUAAAUUUGCGCCAGGUGGUCACAGUACAUUCUUCGCUCUGCUAAACACUUUCGUGCACAUCGUCAUGUAUUUCUACUACAUGGUAUCAGCAAUGGGGCCCAAGUAUCAGAAGUACAUAUGGUGGAAGAAGUACCUCACCGCCUUCCAGAUGGUACAAUUCGUGCUGAUCUUCAGUCAUCAACUGCAAGUUCUCUUCCGGCCGUCCUGUCAGUACCCUCGUGUUUUCGUGUACUGGAUCGCGUUGCACGGCUUCCUAUUCUUGUUCCUCUUCAGCGAUUUCUACAAAGCGCGCUAUAACAAGGCCGGUGGUAAACCGAGGACCAACGGCCUCUGUAUGACCGUGAUGGAUGAAAGCAGUUCUCUGAAUGGCAAGAAUGGCUACAAGCAAGAAGAGGGUUCAACAGUACCGAACUCUUACGCGUCGUCCGCUGCGGACGCGUUCGUACGACGGCGGACAGUGUUGUAGUGCUGUACCGCACAAUCCCAACAAUCAGGGUCUGCCUUCUGUUAUACAUUUUCAAAAUAUUUAUUCCCUUUUGGCACAAUUCAUAGAUCCAUAUUUAUCUAAGCUAUGAAUUUGGUGCAACCGCGAGGCAAUAAGUUCCCUUGUAGUUUAAGAUUUGUUUACUUGCGAUCGUUGAAACACUGUAAAGUCAGAGUAAAAUGGAGUUGGUUUUCCAUUAAUUUAAGGCUGAAAAUUGUCACUACUGUAACAGCGAGCGCUAUUGGCGUAAAGUUUGUAAAAUAAACAUCAGCGGUACAGAAUUUGAGACACUAAAACGAUUUUACUUUGGCAUUGAAAAUGUCACGAUUACAAGCAUAAAAAUCGUACACUUUGGGUGCUGACAGUGAUGUUCAUUACUUUUUUUUAAGCCCGCGCCAAUCGGUACUUAUAUUGUGUUGGAGCUCUAAGUCCAUAAUAUGUUUAUAUCUGUCAAGCUGUAAAGCCGAUUAUUAUAACAUGAAUUUGCAAUCUUUUUAUCAGAUACCGAUUAUAUAUCCCUACUUUUAAUCGAUUUAUCUCCAAUAAGUUAUUGUCAUAUUACAUUAUCAUAACAUUCGCUGUAUUUGAUGAAACACUGAAUCUGUUUGAUUGAUUGCAUCGUAGAGACGAUGAUUUAUGAAAUAUUUUAUCGUCGAUAAAUUGAUUUCGAGAAACGUAAAUAAUAUAAUGAUCUGUAUUUAGAUAAGAGUAGGCUAAUUCAUGUCUUAUUCUCAUGACAAUUGUGCCAAAAGGGACUUUAUAUUUGAAAAAAUCAAUUAACCGGCAAACAAUUUUUUUUAAUGAAAUUUUGAAUUAUUGUGGUCAGUUAAACGUACGACAGCCUUCCGUCCGAAUGUCUGAUAUGACUAUUUCAAUCAUGUCUGGAUUACGUUCGGAGAGGAUUUCUUUUGAUCCCGGUAUUAAAAUAAUACGGCUUAUUUGUUUCCUUUAGGUUUUAUUUAUUACUUCAUGUUGUAAUAUGCUGUUAUUGUUUUGAUAACCUCGGUUUCAUUCAAUUAUUCGGGAUUCCGCACCCCUGGCACACCUCGCAAUCAUCGUUUUAUAUAUACAUAACGUGAUAGCUUGAAGAACCUUAUGUUCCUUGAUUUAAAAUUUAAGUUUGUAUGUACAUCUCCAGUCAGCCCCCUAUCAGAAAUUUGAUAAAGUAAAAAUUGCUAAUACUUACUAGACUACUCUUAAAUUAGCAGUAUUAGGACCAAUUUUACUCUGUCGUCAAUUCUUAUCAAUAAUUAUUAUUACUUGCAAGGUGCGCCAAUCAAGCUGCUAAGGAUAAUCCAAAUAUUUUGAUUAGGUUAGACGUUUUGUUCGUGGCGGUGACAAUUUAUUUUAGUCGCAACGAUGAACGAGUCAUAUUAGGCAUGGAAAAGAGCUUUCCAGCCAUGAACUCAAAGGCUUAGAGUGUGGACUGAUGCCUGUUGUCUUUCUUCGUCCCACUCCCAACCCAUGUUUUACGUUUAGUUACUGGGGCGAAUGAGAAUAAACGUAUUUGGUACCCAAUAUAAUGAUAAUCUUCGAAAGAAAAACAAAAAAUAAAUAGCAAAAUCUAGUGUCCCCCAAAAGUUCCCGCAUGGUAUUGGCCUCUCCCCUAUACUUAAACUUAUCGCUAGCUUUAAUUAGAGUUGAGGCUUUCUCUCAGCCGCCUUAGCAGAAAGUGGUACCGUUUCGGACCCCUAUAGUCUUAGCGAAAGGAAGCAUCUUAAAAUUGUUAGAAGUUGCGACCUAGGUAGAACCCGUCCCUAUAAAAUAUCCCACAGGUGUAUUCUGUAUUUUUUUUGGCAUUGAGAUCUCAUACGCGGAACUUACCUUCCCGAUUGGCUGACACUAGUUUACCAUAAAUUCAGCAAUCUCACAAGUUCUGUGAUCUGUCUACUGAACAGUUUUGUAAAAUAUGACAUGAUUCUCUUUAAUGUCAAAAAUCUCACAGUUAGCUUACUAUGGGUAUGUUAUGUUGAAUCUUCCCACCAGAACAUUUGUACAUAAAAAACCACUUCAUGAAAAAUUAUUUACAAUAUUAUAUACAUAAUAAAGACUCAUUGGGAUAGAUUUGGCCCACCCAAUGUGCGCUAGUCAUAGUCACCCCAGGCGUCUCGACUUUUCGGGUCCAUAUAGUAGUCUUAAUUACAAAUGUCUCAGAAGUGAGAUGUUUGGACUAUUGCUUUUAGUGCAAAUGGAUUUGAUUGAUCGACUGCUCGCACUUUAUUAUUUUCCACGUCACAACGUAAAACGACUGAGUGUAAGGCCGGUUCGCAAGUUUUAACUCCAUUCUUAGGAUUUACCAUCAUAUGCACAACGUCCCAUUCGACCUUGAGAAUUGUAUCAUCGAAUGCCUUAAAUUAUUUUUAAGUACAAAUACUAGACUAUGGAUCGUUGAAUUAAAAAGUUAUCUUGUAAAAUGUUAUGUCGGUUUCGGAGAUAAGUAUAAUCUUUCUUUAAUGUAUAAAAUACGUUUAAUGACGGUAUGUUGUUUAAAUAUUUUAAUGUCAACUUUGCUGGUAGCGAAGUCAGCACAUUAUUGUAAAUAAAUUGAAUGAAUCAUGUUUUAGCAAUCGUGUUGUUUUACUGCUUUAUGUAAAGAAUUCCUCGGGUUUGUAAUAUGUAAAUAUAUUUUUAUGGUCAAGUUUAUGAGUCUUAAUCAUUGAUGUUACCAUAGAGUUCUUAAAAUCCAGUGUCAUUUAUUAAUUUCGAUUUUGUUAUUUUUACGUUCUCAAGCAUUUAUUAUGAUUUUUUUUCUCAAUUUAUACACAGUGCUAAGUAAGUCGAACAAAUGUCGUAAUGUAAGUCGAUGAUAUUAACAGUUUUAAAUAUUGUAUUCAUACAGAAAUCACUAACAUAUAUUUAUAUUAGCAAUUGUUUAUUAUAAGAAACCUUAGCACACUUUAAUAAGUUGAGUUGACAAGACAAAAUGCUUGAUAGAAAAAUUUAAAAGUCAAUUUUAGAAAAUUGUUGUAGAUAUUAUUUAAAAAAAAAAAUAGAUCCGUAGCCAUAUAAUAAAAAUUGAAGUUAACAAAAACAGAUUAUACAAUCACCAAAUAAAAGAUAACCCUUUAGAGUAAGUUUUCGGUAUAGCAAAAGUGUCAUUGGCCAUUUUAUUUAUUAAUCUAAAAUUGUCAAAUUAUAGUAAUUGUCUGUCCAUACGAACUGACAGAAUUACCUCAACUCAAUGUCAAACGUUACUUUACUUAAAACUUCAUUAAGGGUUACUUAUUAGAUGUUUAGGAUGUCAACUCAACUUAUUUUUUUAAUCAAACGGCAUAAAGGGUAAGGGGUGAAUUGUUUAGAAACUUGCGCCGUUCUACAGCCGACGACGAAUUUUCUUGAUAUCAGUGGCGAAACUACGGAUUUAAGUUAAAUAAUUAAUGUAUUCCGGGAGUGCGUGGGCAAUUUUGGGAGGGUGUUUGAUAAGGAUUUUUGGUAAAUUGUUCGUCUUCCUUAAAAUAACAAGAUAUUGUAUAGCGGAUUGUUUUAAUAUCUUUUUUAACGAUACAUGGAAUAAACAGUCGCCAUUCUAGUUUUUAUGGAAUACCUGGCACAUUUCCUUCAAACUACUACUUCCGGUAGAAUUACCUAAUAUAUUAUAAAUAUUCAAUAAGUAUUUUAUAUUGAAUUACAAAAUGGGAUGCAUCGAAAUGAUCAAAUCAAAGGUUUUGUCUAACUUAGAGAUUUGUCAUAUCACUACUAGGUCAGAAGACUGACUUCGUUUUAUUUGUAACCACUAAAAAUGCUGGUUUAAUUAGGUAUUCCGAGGCCACGAAGUUCAGUGUGAACUUUUUUGAAUUUCACUAGGUUUUAUUAAGUAAAAGAAUAAAUAAUUCGACUACCGAUUGGCGCAGUGGACAGUGACCCUGCUUUCUGAGUCCAAGGCCGGGGCUCGAUUCCCACAACUGGAAAAUAUUCGUGUGAUGAACAUG